UACGCCUGCGACGGCGGGCGCGUCGUGCUGGGGAUGCAGUUCAGCAGCCACUUCCAGCCUGACACUGUGGCUCCUUUCUUCCGCAAGUGGGGACUCGAGUGGCACGCAGGCUCGUGCGUCCGCACCACCUUCGGGCUCAAUUUCGCUGGUGUGCCUGCGCCGCUCGACCCCAACACGCUCUUCCCGUCCGUCAGCAUGAAGGCGCUGCACCUGACGAAGCCCUCUCCCGACUGUGCGGUGUACUUCCCCACCAACACGGGGUUCCUCGAGUCCAUCGGAUACGACCCCACCCCUCUCACGGGCUACAGAGUGGACGAGAGCCCGGCAGCAUUCGCGCGCGUCGGGGACGGAUACCUGGGGUAUGUCGGGGACGUGAACGGCGAGCAGGCCUCGAUCCGGCUCACGCUCGAGAUGUGCGGG